AUCGCCCAAUUUCAUAAUGCAAUACACGGUGCAGUAAUAUCAUGUAGCCAAACACCAUUUCCUAUAGUGUGUGAAUCUUCCAUGAGUAAACAUCUCAAAGGAAACGUAAGUCAAACCGAAUUCCACCACAUUGCCCUAAAAGUCACCACCGACCAAACCAUACAUGCACACAAGCUUAUCUCAAAUAUGGACAUUAGUUCAUUGGAUGAUCGAGCCAAGUUGGCUUGGUCCGACUGCCUGCUGUUUUACGAGGAUACAGUUAGACUGCUUAACCUGUCGAUGUGGUCAAAUAAUCUAGAAGACAUUCAAACGUGGUUAAGUGCAGCAGUCACUAAUCAUGAAACAUGUCAAAAUGGAUUCAUCGAUUUUAACAUGACUGAUUACCUGCAACGCCUACCAUUCAAGAUUGAAAGUUUCUCUAUGCUGCUAAGAAAUUCUCUUGCCAUUAAUAAAGCAGCCGCCUCUGCAGGCUUCAAAGAUAAACCUGGGCGCAAACUCUCUGAUGGAUUUCCAACAUGGGUCUCGGCCGCUGAUCGGAAGCUUUUGGAGGAAACUACAAAUCCCCUAAAAGUUAAUGCAGUGGUGGCACAAGAUGGGUCCGGUGACUUUAAGACCAUAAUGGAAGCAAUGGCAGUGGUGACUUCAGGUAGUAAAACAUUGAAUGGGACACAGGGAUUUGUUAUAUACAUAAAGAAGGGGGUUUACAAAGAAAAUGUUGAGAUUAAGAUGUCCGGAGAAAGCAUUACGUUUCUUGGAGAUGGGAUAGACGCUACGGUUAUUACAAGCAACAAGAGUUUUUCACAAAACCAAACAACUUUUCGCACGGCAACUUUAGGUAAGUUCAACAGGUAAAGAUUAAUUUUUUUUUUUCUUCUUUUAUAGCUUUGAGGAUUCAAAACUCAAACUAUAAAUCGACUAUGAUUAUGGUCCCAUUCAAUUUACUUAGUUUAAUAAAAUUUGUCAAAAUUU